CAAAUCCUUUUUCUUAGAAUAAUAUAUUACAUAUAUAACGUACGACUAAAUUUGCAGAUCCAAUGCCAAAUACUCUACGUAGGCAGUUUAACGAGGACUUCCUGUUACCAACUAGCUGCAAUGAAAAUGAUCUUCCUUUAAUCUAAAGAACAGGCAUCUAACAGGCAGAACCGGAUUCUCCAGGUGUGAAGCAGGACUCCAACACGGCAGGUGGAAAACCAACAAAAGGAAGAAGACAGAAAGGUGGGGGAGAUAAGGAGUGGCCAGGAAAAAGAAAAUAGUGAUAAAGGAAGAGCCAAAAAGGAGGAAAGGGAAGAUGAAAGACCGACUACAAGAACUAAAGCAGAGAACAAAGGAAAUUGAACUCUCUAGAGACAGUCAUGUACCAACUACAGAAACAGAGGAGCAAGGGGUGUUUCUGCAGCAAGCUGUUAUUUAUGAAAGAGAGCCUGUAGCUGAGAGACACCUACAUGAAAUCCAAAAACUACAGGAAAGUAUUAACAAUUUGGCAGACAAUGUUCAAAAAUUUGGGCAGCAGCAGAAAAGUCUGGUGGCUUCAAUGAGAAGGUUUAGUCUACUUAAGAGAGAGUCUACCAUUACAAAGGAGGUAAAAAUCCAGGCAGAAUACAUCAACAGAAGUUUGAAUGAUUUAGUUAAAGAAGUUAAAAAGUCAGAGGUUGAAAAUGGUCCAUCAUCAGUGGUCACAAGGAUACUUAAAUCUCAGCAUGCUUCAAUGUUCCGCCAUUUUCAGCAAAUCAUGUUUACCUACAAUGAUACAAUAGCAGCAAAGCAAGAGAAGUGCAAGACAUUUAUUUUGCGUCAGCUUGAUGUUGCUGGAAAAGAGAUGUCUGAAGAAGAAGUAAAUGAUAUGCUUCAUCAAGGAAAAUGGGAAGUUUUUAAUGAAAGCUUACUUACAGAAAUCAAUAUCACUAAAGCACAACUUUCAGAGAUUGAACAGAGACACAAGGAACUUGUUAAUUUAGAGAACCAAAUAAAGGAUUUAAGGGAUCUUUUCAUUCAGAUAUCUCUUUUAGUAGAAGAGCAAGGAGAGAGCAUCAACAAUAUUGAAAUGACAGUGAAUAGUACAAAAGAGUAUGUUAAUAAUACUAAAGAGAAAUUUGGACUAGCUGUAAAAUACAAAAAAAGAAAUCCUUGCAGAGUACUGUGUUGUUGGUGCUGUCCAUGCUGUAGCUCAAAAUAAAGAAGCUAUUUUAAAACUUUUUCCAGCUUUAGGGUAAAAGAUAGCUCAUAUUUCAGUGU